AUGUCAGAAAAGGCUUCUACUUCUAUUGCUGUGCGAGAUCUCGCCUCGGUUCUCCCCGUGAACCCAAAGCCAUGGUGGCAGACAUCCCACCUCUUAAUUCUCAAUGCAUACAUCUGCAGUAUGCUUCUCUUCUCAUCCACUGGCGGCUACGACAUAUCUCUCAUGAACGGCCUCCAAUCUCUCACCCAAUGGCAACUCUUCAUGGAACAGCCAACAGGUGCCUGGCUCGGCUUUAUCAACGCCCUUCAAUGCAUCGGCAGCAUGGUUUUCCAACCCAUCGGCGCCUGGUCAGCUAACCGGUUCGGCCGCAAGCGCACCAUUCUCAUCGGGUACAUCUGGCUAGUGCUAGGCGUGGGCCUACAAGCCGGCGCACCAAACCUGAACUGGUUCAUCGCAUCGCGAUUCUUCAUCGGGGUUGCUGGGACUUGGUUCCAAGCUUCUGUCAUUCUAGUUACGGAGAUUGCGUAUCCAUCGCAUCGCUCGUUCGUGACGUCGGCGUAUAUGUGCCAGUUCUACGGGGGUUCAUUGCUAUCAGCGUGGAUUUCGUUCGGAACGAGGAAUAUUGAUGGGGAUUGGGCUUGGCGGAUCCCGUCACUGAUGCAAAUUGCACUUCCGCUUCUGGCAUUGCCGGGUACGCUGUUGAUUCCUGAGUCGCCGCGUUGGUUGGUUGGUCAGAAGAGAGCGGAGGAGGCGAGGGAGAUCUUGGUUCGCUAUCAUGCUGGUGGAGAUCAGAAUUCGGAGCUUGUCGCUUUACAGAUGGAGGAGAUUACCGAAUCAAUUACUCUGGAGCAGAGUGUGCAGAAAGAGUCCCGCUGGGUAGACUGUGUGAGAACCAAGGGCAAUCGAUACCGAUUGUUCCUAAGUGUCUCCCUGGGAUUCUUCGCGCAAUGGAAUGGAUGCGGCGUGGUAUCUUACUAUCUCACCAUGAUCCUCAAAACAAUCGGCAUCACCUCCGUCACAGAACAGACCCUCAUCAACGGUUUCCUCCAACUCUGGAACCUAAUCAUGAGCAUAGCCGGCGCCUGUCUAGUCGACCGCGCAGGUCGCCGUAGACUCUUCCUCACAUCCACAAUAAUCAUGCUAAUAAGCUACAUUUUCAUCACCGCACUAUCCGCCAGUUUCAGCACAACCGGCACCGCAGCCAUCGGCACAGCUGUCAUCCCAUUCCUAUUCAUCUACUUCGCCGGAUACGACAUCGCUUUUACGCCUCUUAUGGUUGCUUAUCCGACUGAAAUGUGGACAUUCUCCAUGCGCGCAAAGGGGCUUUCUAUCACGAUGAUGGCGAAUUACGUGGCGCUGAUUUUCAAUCAGUUGAUUAAUCCUAUUGCUCUUGAGGCUAUUGCCUGGAAGUAUUAUAUUGUCUUUUUGGCGAUAUUGAUGGUUAUUCUGGUGACUGUUUACUUGUAUUAUCCUGAGACGAAGGGGUACUCGUUGGAAGAGAUUGCAGUUGUGUUUGAUGGGGAGCAGGCUAGGGUUACGGAUUUGGUGGCUGUUAAGAAGGUGAUGGAGGAUGAGCGGACUGGGAAGAGUGAGCAUGCUGAAGAUGUCUGA